AUGCAUAAACUAACGAGGAUAUACGUCAAAAAAGGCAUUUGCGCUGGCAAACAUGCAAUUGCCGAGUACCUGAUUCAGCAAGGAUUUCAGCUUCUUGAACUCGCUGGAAAAUCCCAAUCCAACAUCACCGAGCUGGGGGAUGAACUGCGACUACAAGCAUCAGAGAUCAGAAAGAAAGAGGACCCCAAGUCGUCAGAGCUUGCAUUUCAAGAUGCCGACUCUCUACUUGACUUUGCAACCAAAAGAUGGCAGGAACGCUGGGUUACCACAGACAUCGCAGAUGCCACUACUUUAGAUCGAUUCCUCUUGCGCCCUUUUUUCCUCCUUGUGAGUGUCGAUGCACCAGUUAGCCUCCGAUGGAAGCGAUUUGCCGACAGAUGUUGGAGAAGACAGCUGGAUCCUCCCGAGCUUGAAAAGUUCGUAAUGUGGAACGACCAUAAUCUCUAUGAUAAAGAGAUUGGACGCGUAUACUUGACCGAUAAAGCCCAAGUGCGCCUAUUCAACUCUUCAUCGUCCCUCAAGGAGCUACACUCAGCUUUGCAAACACUUGACCUGGCCGACGAACAACGGUUGAGGCCAAAUUGGGACCAGUAUUUCAUGCAGCUGGCUUCUCUUGCCGCCCAAAGAAGUAACUGCAUGAAAAGGAGAGUGGGAUGUGUGCUCGUUCAAGAUAGUCGUGUCAUCAGCACAGGGUAUAAUGGGACACCACGGCAUCUCCAGAACUGCAACCAAGGUGGAUGUACGAUGCAGACCAGAACCCACCCCAAUGCUUCUAUUGCCCACGGUGUAAUCGUGGGGAUGGAGGGGGAGUCGGUCUCUCAACCUGUCUUUGCCUUCAUGCUGAAGAAAACGCAUUAUUGGAAGCAGGGAGAGAGCGGAUUCGAGAGGGGGCGAUUCUAUAUUGUGAUACGCAAGUCCACUCGAUCCUUCAAUGAACUGUGCCAAAGACAAAAUCUUACUGUGGAUCCCAGAUGCCCUUGUUUGACUUGCACUGUCAAGAUAGCCCAAGUUGGAAUUUCGGAGGUUGUGUACUCUCAAGGAUACAAUAUGGAUAGUGACAGUGCAGCUAUCUUACAAGCAGCAGGCGUGCGGCUACGGCAAUUCCAUCCGCCUUCGAAUGGACUCAUCUAUCUCCAGGAGUCCGAGAGAGCGGUCACAACUGAAAAUCAAGAGCCUACAAUACGAUAG